AGUUGCUUCCUGCGAUUUGUUGUGGCAGCAGCAGAAGCUCCGAGGAUCCUGGUGUGGAUUUACUGGCAUGGCAUAUCGCGCUGAGGAUGCGAAAAUGCUCUCAGAUGGUCAACUGGGCAACUGAAGGCUCUUCCAGGGCAGGUGCUGUGACGCGGAAUUAGGUCCUCUCACGGCGAGGAGAGUGCAGGACACGUGAAAAAUUUGUAUGAAUGCCAACACUGUGCUUGUGGCUCGCGUGCAGAGAAAAAGUUGUUUCUCGUGGUGUGAAUAGUAUAAACGCUAAAAAUAAUUUAAAAUGGAUUUCAAGUUUGGUGUUGCACCACUCGUGAUACUUUUGUACCUGCACUCAACGCUGAGAACUACCUCGUCGGAAGUUACAGCAGUGGAUCCAAAGUUCAGUAUGCCUAUAAAUAAUGUGACAGUGCCCAUCGGAAGAGAAGCCAUCCUCACAUGCGUUGUACAAGAUCUGGGGAGUUACAAGGUUGCUUGGCUUCGAGUGGAUACACAAACAAUCCUCACAAUUCAGAAUCACGUAAUAACGAAGAACCAUCGCGUGGCGAUCGUCUGGGCUGAGAGAAGAACGUGGCAGUUGAAGAUUAAGGACAUAAAGGAGUCGGAUCGAGGAUGGUACAUGUGCCAAAUUAACACUGAUCCCAUGAAGAGCCAGAUGGGUUACUUGGACGUCGUUGUUCCGCCGGAUAUUUUGGAUUAUCCCACGAGCACGGACAUGGUGGUGAGGGAAGGCAGCAACGUGACACUGAAAUGUGCGGCCACCGGAUCGCCUACGCCAACAAUUACCUGGCGCCGAGAGGGUGGCGAACCUAUUACGCUGCCCGGAGGUUCCGAAGUCUUGAGUGUGGAAGGAUCAACAUUCACCAUUUCACGCGUGAAUCGAUUACAUAUGGGCGCCUACCUGUGCAUAGCCUCAAAUGGAGUUCCGCCGACCGUCAGCAAAAGAAUAAUGCUCAUAAUUCACUUUCCACCGAUGAUUUGGGUGCAAAACCAGCUCGUUGGCGCUCUUGAGGGACAAAAAAUCACCCUCGAAUGUCAGUCCGAGGCAUACCCCAAGUCCAUUAAUUACUGGACACGUGAAAAGGGUGAAAUCGUUCCGCAAGGUGGUAAAUUUGAACCUGUUCUCCUGGAUAAUGCCUACAAAGUGGUAAUGAAGCUCAGCAUAAAAUCAGUGAGUCAGGCUGACUUUGGAUCCUACAAAUGCGUCGCAAAGAAUAGUCUAGGUGACACAGAUGGCACUAUCAAGCUCUACGCUAUUCCACCGCACACCAUCAGCUCCGGAGAGAGUCAAGUGGCAAGAUCGCGAGGGAAGAUGCUGAGGAAGGAUGGCAACGGGCUUCUGGAGGCUAAUACAAUCGUCGACGGGGUCGUUGUGGAUGGUGAUGGUAAAAGGAGAGAUAUCGCUCUCAUGGGCAACAAUGACGUUACUUAUAGCAGUUCAGCUAGCAUCAAGACACUACUCCACAUCCUCGCCAUUGCAUCUUUCACGGUGACUUGGCGCUAUGUCGCUCAACUUUGAUGAUAAUUCCCAGCACGAGGAUGCGGUGAAGCUCCGCAACAGUUGAAUGUGUGUUUCCCCCGAAAGCUCCGUUUUGAAUUAAUUUUAGACGAGAGAUUGUGUACAUAUUUUGAGGAAUAUAUACGAAUUGUUAGAUGAACAAUGCGAUGUAAUUAGGCCAUUAAGACAAGCUGACAAUUUUGCGUUCAUAGAAAUAUUGAAUUAAUAAGUUUUCUCCACAUCGCGAAGAGCUUUCGCGUGUGUGAGACAUUUUUGAUCUUGUUAGGUGCAUCACUAUAUAUGACACGUCACGGUGUAAAGUUCAAAGGCUAAUUUAAUUAUGAAAUACAUAUCAUAAAAGGCAUUUUUAGGUGAACAAGAGAGACUCCCAUGAGAAAAUGAGAAUUUAACUAUACUUUGUAAGAUGUAUCCUUUAAAAUGAAACUUGAUGUAGUUAAAAUCUGAGGAA